AUGGCAACAUCAACAAGCAAAGUACAAUGUGUCACUUGUGCAAAAGACAAAGGUACAGUUCAAUGUCAUGGAUGUUCACAAUCAUUCUGUUUCAAACAUUUAACUGAUCAUCGACAACAACUCAGUCAACAAUUCGAUGAAAUUGAAAUGACACGAGAUCUUUUUCGUCAAACACUCACAGAAUAUUCCAACAACUCACAAAAACAUCCACUCAUCAACGAAAUCGAUCGAUGGGAACAAGACUCUAUCAAUCUCAUUAGAAAAACAGCAGAAGAAGCGAGACAACACAUGCACAAACAUACAACUAAGCACUUAUCGAAGAUGGAGAAGAAACUAAAUGACUUAACAAAACAGCUGAAAGAAGGUCGAAAAGAUGAUGACUUUGUGGAAAUAGAUCUUCAACAAUGGAAUCAACGACUGACUCAAAUGAAUGAAGAAUUGAUGAAACCAACAAAUAUCAAAGUGAAACAAAGUUCAACACCAUUGAUAAGAAUGAUUAAUGUUGAAAUAGUUGAUAAGGAUCUGAGUUCACAUAAUAAUAUUGAUUUACUUUUUGUAGACAUGCCAAAUAUCCCAAACAUCAAUGCAAAUACCAAGUGGAUGCAGAAUGGAGUGACAGUGGCUGGAGGUCAUGGACAAGGCAAUGGACUUAAUCAACUAAAUCAACCAUUUGGCAUAUCCAUUGAUGAGAAUCGGACCAUCUAUGUUGCUGAUUAUAAUAAUCAUCGUAUAGUAGAAUGGAAGAAAGGUGCGACGACUGGUCGGAUAGUUGCUGGUGGAAAUGGGCAAGGCGGUCGAAAUGAUCAGUUGUGUCUUCCAAGAUCUGUUCUCGUGGAUGAAAAGACAGAUUCAUUGAUUAUAAGUGAUUGCAGUAGAAGAAUAAUGCGAUGGUCUCGUCAGAAUGGCACAAGUGGACAAGUGAUCAUUUCUGGUGAAAAUUCUUAUGAACAACUGGCAAUGGAUAGUGAAGGGCAUCUCUAUGUUUCCGACUCUGGGAAUACCGAAGUUCGACGAUGGGAAGUUGAUGAUAAAAGUGGAGAAGUCGUCGCAGGUGGAAAUGGACCAGGAAAUCGACUUGAUCAACUUUGUGAACCUCGUGGUGUGUUUGUGGACAAGAAUCAGUCUGUAUAUGUGGCAGAUGGUGAUAAUAAUCGAGUGAUGAAGUGGGUGAAAGGUGCGAGAGAAGGUAUUGUUGUUGCAGGUGGACAAGGUGAAGGAAGCAGUUUGUCACAACUGAACGGUCCUUGGGGAGUUGUAGUCGAUCAGUUAGGAAGUAUUUAUGUUGCAGAUCAAUGUAAUAAUCGAAUCAUGCGAUGGUGUGUAGAUUCACGAGAAGGAAAUGUGAUAGUUGGUGGAAAUGGACAAGGACAGGGAACAAAUCAACUGCAUUGUCCUAUGAGUUUAUCAUUUGAUGAAGAAAAUAACUUAUAUGUGAGUGAUUAUGGAAAUCAUCGAAUUCAGAGAUUUAAUGUUGAUGUGAAAUGA